AUGUUCCCGAGCCCGGUGACCACGACGCCUUUCUCCGUCAAGGAUAUCUUGAGCCUGGAGCAACAUCCCAGCGGCUUGGCGCCCAUGGACCUCGCGGCUCUGGGCUCGCCCUCGUCGUGCAUGCUGGCCACCUUCAAGCAGGAGGCGUAUCCGGCCGACGAAGGCCCGAUCGCGGACAGCCCCGUCGGCCUCGCCAAAAGCAACGGCGCCGCUUUCCCCAGCCCCUUUUACGCGGCCAAAAACUACGUGGAAAUGGACUCGACCAAGGCGCCCAAAGGGGACAACAAGAAAGAGCUGUGCGCCCUCCAGAAAUCCCUGGAGCACGAGAAGCGGGACGCCGAGGAUCCGGAGCGACCCCGGCAGAGGAAGCGGCGGAAACCCCGCGUGCUUUUCUCGCAGGCGCAAGUCUACGAGCUGGAGCGGCGCUUCAAGCAGCAGAAAUACCUCUCCGCCCCGGAGAGAGACCACUUAGCCAACGUGCUGAAGCUCACGUCCACGCAGGUCAAAAUCUGGUUCCAGAACCGGCGGUACAAAUGCAAACGGCAGAGGCAGGACCAGAGCUUGGAGAUGGUGGGCAUCCCUCCUCCGCGGAGGAUCGCCGUGCCUGUCCUGGUCCGGGACGGCAAGCCUUGCCUGGGGGACUCGUCGCCCUACAGCUCCCCCUACAACGUCAGCCUCAACCCCUACAGCUACAACUCCUACCCGGCCUACAGCAACUACAGCGGCGCCGCUUGCAGCGCCAGCUACAGCUGCAGCUACCCGGGCGUGCAAGGCGUGCAGCCCGCGGCGCCCGGCAGCAACUUCAUGAACUUCAGCGUGGGGGACUUGAACCCCGUGCAGACGCCCAUCCCGCAAGGGAACAGCGCCCUCUCCACGUUGCACGGCAUCCGGGCCUGGUAG